GCUUGUAAGCAGUGCUCGCUUGCAUUCCGGAAGGAAAGUGUGACACACUGCACGCUCGACGCCGGACACCAUAGUGGCGUAGAGAUUUUGGGGCACUUCAUUUGUUAAUAAUUUGUUAGUUUUAUAUAUACACUUUAAAAAUGUCUAUAUUCACACCAACAAACCAAAUUCGGCUCACGAAUGUGGCGGUCGUGAGAAUGAAAAAAGGAGGGAAAAGAUUUGAAAUCGCCUGCUACAAAAAUAAAGUAAUGAGCUGGAGAUCAGGAGCAGAGAAAGAUCUUGAUGAAGUCUUGCAGACCAACACAGUCUUCAUAAAUGUAUCCAAGGGUCAGGUGGCAAAAAAGGAAGAUUUGUCAAAAGCCUUUGGAACUGAAGACUUGACAGAAAUAUGUAAACAGAUUUUAGCAAAAGGAGAGCUGCAAGUGUCAGAUAAGGAGCGACAGACUCAGCUGGAGCAGAUGUUCAGGGACAUAGCCACCAUCGUAGCAGAGAAGUGCGUCAACCCGGAGACUAAGCGGCCCUACACAGUCAGUCUCAUAGAGCGAGCCAUGAAGGACAUCCACUACUCAGUCAAAGCCAACAAAAGCACGAAACAGCAGGCUUUAGAAGUAAUCAGACAACUGAAAGAGACCAUGCAGAUUCAGAGGGCUCACAUGAGACUUCGCUUCAUCCUACCUGCCAAGGAGGGCAAGAGGCUGAAGGAAAAACUGAAGCCCUUGCUGAAAGUAGUGGAAAGUGAGGAUUUUGAUGAGCAGCUGGAGAUGGUGUGCCUCAUAGACCCUGGCUGCUUCCGGGAAAUUGACGAGCUGAUCCGUUGUGAGACAAAGGGAAAGGGGACUUUAGAGGUGCUCAGUUUGAAGGAUGUGGAGGAGGGAGAUGAGAAGUUGGAGUAGGCCCAGGGCAUACAAUUGGCUUCCUGCCCACACUCACUACAGCAACAAUGCAGGCUAAAAAACUGAAUCAUUGGAAAAUAUUGCGGCCUCUUUUUAUGAGUGGACAUUUUAUGUUAUGCAGAUUAAAAGAAAUAACAGAUUUUCUGAAAAGUUAAACGUCAAUUUUUUUCAUUUGAGAAUUUGAAAUUCUGGAUGGACACAUGGGUGAAUCAAGGGGAUGAAGUGUUAUUUCAACUCAGAUAUUAAUGGAAGAUGUAUUUGAGCUGAUGUGAUUUUGAGUGAUAAAUGUUGUGUGCUGCCAAUUUACUGCUGUAAGCUUUAGCAAUGGAAGGUAUUUCAGUGUCAUUGAUGGGUUCCAUCAGAUUGUACAUUUCACAAGUAUGUGAUUGAUUUCCAUGAGAUGGCUGUAUCAGAAGCCUUUCAAAUGUUCUCUUUUUUGAACUAACUGAUGUGUAACGAUAUGAGCCUCUAUUAAUGCUUAUCUAACAUAAACUUAACAUGCCAAUAUUUAAUAAUUUCCAGAGUUAUAUAGAAAUAUAUUUGAAACACUUCUCAAUGUAUUUAAAACUG